AUGGAUUUUCCCCUGGUUGUUCCCCAGAACUACUUCAACGACCAAGCCUGCCACUACAACGACCAAGCCUGCGACUACGACAACCAAGCCAGUCACUACAACGACCAAGCCGCUACUCGUACAACUACUCCAACAACUACGGCUACUCCUACAACUACUCCCACAACUACAAGUGCACGCACUACCUCCACUUCAUCGACAGUGACCCCAACCCCAACUAGCACCACCCCUGUACCCGCACAAUCUGCUAUCGCAGUUCCAUUUGGUCAAAUUAUCAAGGGCUGCACAGUCAAUGGAACCGUGGCAAUAACCUUUGACGACGGUCCCUACGAUUAUACAUCUGAGCUACUAGAUAUCUUUGAUAGCAAUGGGGCCAAGGCAACGCUCUUUGUCAAUGCUCAGAACUUUGGUAGCAUUACCUCUUACAGCGCUGUGCUUCAGCGGGCGUUUAAUGGAGGACAUCAGAUUGCAUCACAUACGUAUGACCAUGCGGACUUAUCUACGCUUACUCGUGCCGGUAUCGUCUCCGAAAUGACAAAGCUGGAUGACGUUCUCGCCUCAAUUAUCAAUGGCAACCGACCAACUUAUAUGCGCGCCCCCUAUUUCGCAUAUAAUACUUUGGUUCUACAGACAAUGGCUGAUCUCAAAUACCAUGUCAUUGAUGCCAACAUUGAUACCAAGGACUACGAGCACGAUACCGCCGACGGUGUUGCUAUCAGCGUUAGCUUGUUUGAGCAGCAGCUAGAUGCAGGAGGUAGCAUUGCCUUGGCCCACGAUGUACAUCAAACGACUGUAGAGCUACUGGUACAGCAACUGCUGGAUGAGCUAAAAAAUAGGGGUUUGAGGGCUGUUACCGUUGGAGAAUGUUUAGGAGAUCCUAAGGCGAACUGGUACCGUACCACGCCCGUGCAAACAACCACGACGACACCUACUCCCACACCUACUCCUACACCCACUACAACUUCCACGAGGACAACAACCACCGCAACGUCAUCCACGAAGACGACAGUACCCCCACCAGCACCCACACAGGCAGGUGCCGCUGCGAACUGUACAAAGUGGCAUACUGUUGUUAGCGGCGACGGCUGCUGGGAUCUCUCUAACCAGUAUGGUAUUGCAUUGUCUGACUUCUAUACCUGGAACCCGGCAGUUGGCUCAAAUUGUGCGAACAUGUGGCUCGGCUACGCAGUUUGUGUCGGCAUCAACUAA